AUGAAGCUUAUAAAAAUAAGUAUGGAAGACGAGUGUAACAUAACAGUGAGAUAUAGAACUGUCCGUAAACAUUUAGAUAGUUUAGGAUACAAACAUGCACUUACAUUGGAUACACUUCCUUUGAUAGAAAAGUUAUUGGCUGAUUUAAUACAGACAACAGAAAGCUUAAAGCAUUUUAAGAGUAUAGCUCAAGAAAACAUUGAGGCACAUACUCAGCUGCAAUCAGCAAUUGAUCCUUAUAAAUGUGAUAAUGUGAGGCUAGUUCAAGAAUGUAACCAGCUUCACAUAGAUUUGAUAAAAGAAAAGGAAAGUCAUCAGAAGCAAAUUAAGGAUCUUAAGAAAGAAAUAUAUAAAUUGGAGCAUGAAUGUAAUAAUCUUCAACUAGUAUCUUCUCGUAAUUUGCAUAGGAUUAAAGAAUUAGAGAUUGAAUCUGCUAAGAAGUCAAAAAAAAUUUUGGAACUUCAAGGAAAGUGUUUGAAGCCAACUAUCAGCAAUGUAGGAUUAGGAAUUUUUGAAAUAAAAAUUUUAUAUUUUCUAGAAAGUGAACCAUUACCAAAAUCAGGAACUAAAUCUGCCCCAUUACCAAAUUUAAGCACAGUUGAACCAAAAAUUGUUGAUUUAUUAAGCAUGGCAGAUCAUAAGAUGAACUGUUUAAGUCAUGAGGUAACAAAAUUAAAAGGAGAACUUUCUUUACAAAUCGACAAUGUACAAACAUUAAAAUGUCAGUUAACUACUAAGGAGAAAGAAAUUUUGCGCUUGAAGAAAAUGUUAGAAGGAGGUAGACCUUACACUGCAGUUUCUAAAGAUUGUGCAUGUAAAAGAGCAGACAACAAUUUUGCAAUGUCUAGUCACAAUGUAGAUGCUAAUGAAUUGAAAAUUCUUCAGCAAGAAAAAUUAGAAUUGGAGCAGCAAUUAAAAGAAGCUUUAAAUAAACAGCAUGAUGCCAUGUCUCAAGCACUUAAACUUGCUGAUCAAAAUGAGGAAUUGGAAAAGGAAUUGAGAGAUAUAGAUCAUAUAGCUUUAGCUGUGGAGGCUGAUUGUAAUUCUGCAGUUAAAGAAAAUAAUAGAAGAGUUUCUAAAUUGCAGGAAAAGUUAGAAAAUGUAAUGCAACGAGUACAUAUAUUAGAAGAUGAAUUAACUGCUGAACGUAGAGGAGUUCAAGAAUUGAGAGCAGAUCUAGAAGCUUGUAGAUUGGAAAAACUUAAUAUUGAGCAUACUUUAGAAUCUACUUUAGAUGAAAAAAAGCAGAUAACUGAUAGGAUAAAUGAGCUAACAAUAAUUGAAAAAAAUUUGAACGACGAAAUAGAAAGAUUGGCUAAGGAAAAUGAGAAACAAAGACAAGAUAUUAUUCAGUUACAAUAUAACAAUAAACUAUUAAAGAAUCAAAUGAGCAUACGGGAAACUUCACUAGAUGACGAAGGAGUAAAUUCAAAAGGAACUAAAGAGAAAGGGAGGAAGAAUGAUUAUAAUAGAGGACAGAAUAGAAUAGAUCUUCACGAAAUAUAUAAAGAAAGAGAAAUUCUUCAAAACGGAAGCAGUACUGGAUACAACAGUGUACUAAAGCAAUUAGAUGAAAAAGAAAUUCAAAUAAAUGACUUACAACAGGCGUUUGAACACUUGAGGAGAGAACGAGACUUUUACAGAAACGAAUACAACAACGUUAAGGAUAAUUACAGCAAAACGAUUGAAAAAGAUCAUAUUGACUUAUGGUCACAACUUCGAGAAUUGAAACGUCAAUUGAAUGAAAAAGAGAACGCAUUGGAUGAUUUACAACGAGAAAAUAAGAAACUGUUUCGCGAGAAAACUAAUUUAGAGAUACGCUUACAAACUUGUAAAGGUGAACAUAAAGCAUCUUGUCGACCCUGCAACGUGUGCAAACGAGUUAGUGCAUGUAAUUGUUCUCCUUCAGUUAUGACAGAUAGUAAGACGAAGGGGAUUAUUGAACGUUUGGAACAUGAACGAGAUAUUGCUCAAGCGGAUGUGGAACGUUUAAUAGAAGAGCGUGAUGCGUUGCGUGAAAGAUUAAAGAUGUCAACGGAAGCACAUACGUCUGAACAACGUCGGUUGAGAGAAAAUUUAACCGAUGUUGAAACCCGGCUAAAACAGAUAGAAAAAGAACGACAAGAUCUUCUACUUACGCAAGGAGCUCGUAAAGCAACCAUAAAUGGUCUCGAAGACCAAUUACAAGAUUUGCGAGAAGAAUUACGACGAACCAAACAAGAAUUAGGAAAUCAACGCACACAAUAUUUUCAACUUCGUGCUCUACAAGAUCAAACGGAUCAGGCGUUGGGAGAUGCUCAGAAUCAAUUAUCGCAAUCGGAGACUGAAUUAAAUAAUACACUGGAUCGCAAUAGGGUGAUGGAGCGACAGCAGUUGCAGUUUGAAAAUCAAGUGAAGGAAUUACAACAAGAAAUCAGUAAUCAUAAAACAAAUAUGACGCACUUGGAUCACGAAAAAGAUCAAUUGCUAAUGGUGUUAGACGAGAAGACGGAAAGAAUAGCUGUCUUGGAAAGAGAAAUAAUGUUGAAAGAUCAACAAGUAAUAGGAAGUGAACAUCAAAUUCGCGAGCUACAGCACAAAAACGAUAUAUGCGUAGAUCAGAGUGCAGAUAAAGAGAGGCAAUUGAUAUCGAUGCAAAUAGAAAUAGAGAAUCUUCAACGACAACUGCAAACCGUCACAUACGAUCGGGAGAACGCGAUUCAGGAGAAUCGACGAAUCCAGGACGAUUUGGCGGCGGCGACUUGCGAAGUGAGAAAUCUAGAGCGCGAAUUAGAAACGUCCCGCGCUCAAUCUUUCGAUCUGAAGAGGCAACUUCAAACUUACGUCAGCGAGGUCCGCAGGGCUGAAGAGCUUCUUAAUAGGAAGGAAAAUGAAAGAACGGAAAUGUUGAAUCACUUCAGAAGCCUGAGUUUAGAGGCUACCGUUUUAGAGAACAACAACCAUAGCUUGGAGUCAAAAGCAGCAGAAGCAAGGGGUGCUCUUCAAACGGCUACGGAUCGAAUGUUAGAUUUGGAACGACAAUUGGCCGACAGGGAGAGUUUAAUAAGAAGCUAUGAGACACAGAUUAGUGAUUUAACUCAAAAUGUGGCCAGCAUGGAAACGCAGUUGCGUCAGCAAGGGGAACAGAGACAUAGAAUAGAGGCUGACUUAAUUGCUGUCAGAGAUCUGUGCAUGAAGCUGGAUCAACAGAAAGAUACGCUUAUGCACGAGCUUGAUGAUAAAGAUUCACUUAAAUCACAGUAUGAUAUGCAAAUUGCUAAAUUAAAGGCGGAACAAUCCGUAAUUCAAGACCAAAUGAUCAAGGAUCGCGCAACAGUGGAGCAUCUCGAGAUGCUUUUGGACCAGGCGAGACAAGAAUCUAUAACUGUACAGACUAACAACCAGGAGCUCCAAAACGAGAUGUCCAGAUUAAGGCAGAAAAUGUCUGAGCUUCAGAACAAGUUAUCUUCGGAAUCGUCGAAACUUCGACAGUAUCAAAAUCAGGCUGCAGAAUACUGCAAGCAAAUCAGUGAACUGCGUAGACAAGUCACGAAUGAGCGAUUUGAUCGUGCCAGAAAAGAAGAAGAGAAUCGCAGAUAUUUGCAGAGUGAAACAAGCAAGGAGUAUGAUGGCCUACUGGAAAGAAGCAUGAUGGUAAUUUCUACUGGUGUAUUACAGUCAAGAUCUUUGAAUGAAGAAAAUAACGGCAAAUAUGAUAACCAAACGAAAGAUGCUCAACAUGAUGUUCCUUGCAUUAACAUAAUAGUACAGCCAGAUAGUAAAAUGCACUCAAGUCAGUCUAACUAUGUACAAAAGGAAAGUAUACAAAAUGAAAAUACACCAAUGCUUCCAAAUAAUGAAGAUUCAAUGAAAACUGAUUUAAAGGCAUUGGACAUGUCACAAUUUAAUUCAUUCAAUAAGAAAUAUGAUAACACUGCCUGUAAUACAGAAAAUUGUUUCAAUAUAUCACAGUUAAAAUUAUGGCAAAAUAGAGGCGAAUAUAAUCAAGGUAACAAGGCUUCAAUUUUUAAUAACGUUUCACAAAUUCAGUACAGGAGAAGUCCAUCACCCUGGACUUAUCCUAUUCAUCCACCUGAGAUGUACUAUCAUAAAUUUAAUGCUGAUACAGUUAAAACGAACUUGUUUCCCAAGGUUAAUACGACAGAUUUAGGACAAACGACAAUGUUACGUGGAAAUACGACAAAAGCAUUGGAUGUGCCCUUAAAAGAAUUACCUUUAAAGAAUUUUCCUAUGAAAAAAUUACAGAGUAGUAUCAGAGAAGAUGAAAGCAAUAAGGUGUCUAGAAAGACAAAAGAAGAUGAAUCUUUUAAUUUAAAAACAACUAAUGAAACUGAAGAUUUUACUAAUAUUCCAAAAACAUAUUUGAAAUCAACUUCAGAAAAUUCUGCAAACUUGAUGGAAACAAAUUUAAAGCUUAAAUCUAAAAAUACAUUGCCUAAUUCUAAAUUUAGAACAAUAGAAAAUUCAAUAAAAUUUGCAAGUUGCAGGACAAGCAAAAAUUGGAUGAAAAGCAGUAAAUUUGUAAACACCUUUUGUACUAACCAAAUACACAAGUACAUGAAUAAUUAUGAAACACACAGUGUACCACGGAAUCACGGAAAUGAUACACCUCCUAUAAUUCCAUUCAGAACUACAAAAUUAACAAAUUUGUUAAUUCAAAAGAACAGUGAUUUUUGUACUGACACAAAUUGUAAUAACACUAACUGUACCGUAUUAAGUAAUCAACAAAAGGAUGAAUAUUGCAACACAACUACAAAUAUACAAUUCAUGAAGUCUGAAAGAGACUUUCAUGACAAUGAAUGUGAAAACAAAUGCAUAAGUACAAUUGACAGUGCUUUGGAUAUAUUGCAAAACAUGUUGGAAGGAGUCAAAAAAUUCAAAAAUAAAGAUACAACAGAAUCCAAAGUUCAAAGUUAUGCAAACAAAGAAAUGAGAUGUAAAAACAAGGCUUGCAAUUAUGUCAAUGCAAGGAAUGAAAAGGCAACCUCAAAAUUGAAUUACAAUUCUCUUAAUGCAACAGAGUUAAUGAGACCAGAGUGCAUGAAAAUGUUACAAGAAAUUAAAAAGCAUACUGAAACAUUAGAAGAACAAUUAAUCGUGAUGAACAAAAAUAUGAGAGCUAAGAGAAAAGCAAAUGAAAAAUCUGUUACUAUUUCAGAAAAUUCGAAGACAAAACAACAAAGAGAUAUAAUUACACAGAUCCCUGAGAAAAAAAAUAUUUAUGUGCAGAAGCCAUGUUCGAUCGGUAGUUAUGUAAAAUGUCCUCAAAGUAGGCAGUUAAAAUCAGGAUAUAAUUCUGAUUAUGUUAAAAACAAAUAUAUAACUAUUCAGGAAAUUAGUGAAAAAAACAUACACAAGAAAAACGUUAAGGAUAAAAGUUACAAGAACUGCAAUGCUAAAUCACAGAUAUUGCAUUCUACUGAUAAUUCAAGAGAUGUAAAAAAUAUCCAAUGUCAAUGUGAAAAAUCUUCAUCGUUUCAUAAUUUUAGUACUACGGAUUUUUUACCAUUUGCUACAUCGACACCUAAAACACUAAAUUUAUUACAGCAUAAAAAAAGUAUUUGUUACAUUUCAAAUUGUACCCAAACUGACGCCAUGCUUAAAGACAAUUUACCAGUAAUACAAAAUAAAAAAACUGUGUCAAACGGAUUAAGUCAUGUUGUAGAGAAAAAGAAUAAAGCAAUUGAUUUGAUUAGUGUAAAUGAUGAGCAAAAAUCUUUAGCUUCUAAUGAAGACUUCGUUACAAUAUUGCUCUUAACGAAAGGCGUAAAUAAUAAAUAUUUAAAAUCCAAAUAUAAAAAAUUGGAGUUUUUGAGUUUUAGGCCAAAAUGUAUAAUCAACUCGCAUAUUUUAUGUGAUCAAAGAUCAAUCAGAUGUAGGUUACCCAGGCGAAAAGUGCAGAUACCUAUUGUGUUCAAAUCAAAAUCUGUAAGAUGUAAAACUGAAGAUUGUCGUGCUAAUAGAAACAAUCAUAUGCAGUUUGUGGAGCACUCACCAAACAAUUGCAAUGAUUUAGUAACUACUGUUUGCACACAAUCGUCCAAUUUAAAAAUCACUACUGCCACCUCAAUUCCUUGUAUUUGUCGUAUCGAUAAAAACAUUGUAGAAAAUUAUACUAAAGAAAGCACAACAGAAAAAGAAGCCUGUAUAUUAAGUUGA